AUGGCAGAGAAGAAGAUCAAAGGGUUCGCUAUUAGUGAGACAGCUUUCAUUAUAUUCCUUGUGAUGGCAACAAGGAGGUUGGAGGCAGAUAGGUUCUUCACGAGCAAUUUCAAUGAGAAGACAUACACAAAGAAGGGCUUUGAAUGGGUUAACACUACAGAGAGCUUGAAAGAAGUGUUGGAUCGACAUUACCCUGAGAUGACUCAGAAAUGGAUGAACUCCACCAGUGCCUUCUCUGUGUGGGACUCUGCCCCAAACUCUCACAAUCCCAUCCCACUCUACAUUCGUGUUCCUCAAUAA